UUAUGUUCAGUUUUCUGACUCCACUUUUCCAAUGGCUUGGAGAAGACUUGCUGCAAUACCUCGCCUGUCCUUGACAGCUCUUCCUGCAGUGUCCUUGGGCGCCGUCAACAUAGUCAACGUAAAGUGCGUGGCUUGCAGUUCUGCCAGCAAGGAAGAUGAUAAGCCUGCUGACAAGCAAGCUGCUUAUUGGAUAUCUGGAGAAUCGCAGGGCAGCAACAAGAGUUUGCCUUGCAAGUUUGAUUUGUAUGGUGGGGUAGUUGUGGACCCUGCAACGGUUCCAGCAGAACAAGAUGCGUUCCGGUCAGUCCUAGCUUCUUCCCUAGAUGAAUGGAUGAAGCACGGCAAGCGUGGCUCCGCUUGGAUAUCAGCAGAGAGGGACUAUGUCAUGAUGACAAAAUGGCUGCCCUCUAGCUGCCCGAAUACGUUGCCGCACAACGCUAGCCACACAAUUGGAGUAGGUGCCCUUGUGACGAACUCAGAGGGCAAGAUCUUGCUUGUGCGAGAGAAGUCUGGGCCAGCAGCAAAAUCCAAAGCAUGGAAACUUCCAACCGGUCUGGUUGACGCCGGUGAGGACCUUCAUGAAGCUGCCCUUCGAGAAGUCAAAGAGGAGACAGGCAUCGAUGCUACCUUCGAGUAUUUCGGAGCAUUCACAAUGAGUCAUGGUGGCAACCUUGCACAUGCGAACAAGAGCAACCUCUUCUUUGUGGUGAAGUGCAAAGCCUUGACCACGGAGAUUCAAAUGUGUGAAAGCGAAAUUGCAGAUGCACGAUGGUUUUCGAGGGUCGCAGCGUCAGACAUCGAAAGGAUUUUGCAGAAAAGCAAGUCAUUGCUGAGGAUGAAUGGCUCGCGCUCCCAUUCCCAGAAAAGGGAUCAAUUUGGUACGAGCUGAAUCAGUCCGCAUUGGAUGCUGAGGUUGUCGUUUCCAUGAAGAGCUUGCCAUGGGGAAGAUCUCGGCCGGAUGUGAGCAGGCUGUUAUACUAUCCUGUGAGGCGGUCGGCCCUGUGACCCAAGAAGCGCGCGUUUCUGGUGUAGACGCGUCGACGGCGGGCAUGGCAUUUGAGCGCCGGAAUUCCAAAAGAAAACCUGGCCGGAGAGCUUGGUGUGUUGAGGAGACGCAGGAUGGCGGCGAAGACAGUCAUAAUUGUUUAUAUACAUGU